GUUCUAAGUAAUUCCUGUUCUUUUAGAAGGCACUACAGAAAUGCGUCCCUGAACUGUGGUUGCGUCGUCUGCACGCAGUUCCUGUACAAGAAAUAACACCGUGGUACGCCAGACGCGUUAAAGUCUGAACAAUAUUUUGUGUAGUCGAAUUUUAAAAGUUUAAAUUGUGUCUUUGCGGCUUGGCGGUGUUGCAAAUCGUGUUUCACACUCGACCUGUCUUGACAUUCUGGAACAUGAAUGAAGAAGUGCAGUUCACUAGAGAACUCCCACUCGUGGGCAAGGACUUGCUGCAGGAUGUGCUAUGUACUCUUGCAAAGAAAAAUGAUUACGCUGUGAACCACCCAGAGGAGUUUCAGGACCAUCUGUCACAUGGCCAGACAGUGGAAUUUAUUUUCCAGGCAUGUACCAGAUGGGACCUACCUCUACCUGCCCACUUUCUUGCUGUUGAGUACUUUGACCGGUUCCUAGUACGUCACAUUCGGGACCUCCGACAGGACGUUGCUACCUCGAAUGGACCUCGUAUCACUUGGGAGAGCGUGAUGGAACGUGUGUCUGAGCAGGUGGUUCUUCGAGCCCUGUCGUGCAUUCAGAUUGCAAGCAAGAUGGUGUCCAGUGGCAAGGCAGUGACCCUAAAAGACGUGCAUGCCCUGGUUAAGUCAUCAGGACACGUCUAUUCCAUGAACAGCGUUCUGAUGUCGGAGUUGCGGGUCCUUCGUACCCUGGACUACAGGCUCCAGAUUGAUUCUCCCCUGGACUUUAUUGAGAUCCUUCUCGAUAUCAUUAGCUGCAAUGAUGCUGAUUUUUCUCCUAAAGACGUGUAUCCUGUUGCCCUGCAGUUGCUUCGUGCCUUUUACUUCAUGCGAAAGGAAAUCUACGCGAAGACUGCAGGGCUACUGCGCUUCGAAAGCUCGCAGGGUAGCCAGGAUUCUUCCAGAACUGCCUCGAAUACAUUUGCAUCGGACAAACUUCUCUUGGCAGCAGCGAUACUGGUGACGGCCGUCAGACUGCGCACACCAAAGAAGCAUGCACAGGUGGAAUGGGACAGGAAGCAGGACAGUCGAAGUAUGACCUCAGAAAGCACCAAGAGGUGGGAUGGGACAGGAAGAAGGACGGUCGAAGUAUGAUCGAAAAGAAACCAGGACAGUGGGGUGUAAGAAAUGUGACCGUGGAGACUUCAAGCUUCAUGUCAAUUCGUUUGUAAUGGUUAUUCAGUUCUAUUCAUGUAAUUAAAAGAUAUCUCUCUCA